AUGAAUAACCACCAAGGAAAUGAUUUUUAUAGCAAAUUUUGGGACAAGCCAAGGCAUGCUUUGGCUCGAUUUGUAGAGCUAGUUGGAAAGAUAUGGCAUGGUGAGUACAUGUUCCUUUCAUACCAAUAAUUCCAGUUUAUGAGCCAGUAUAAUUUCAUAUGACUGAGCAUCAGAAUUUCAGGUUUGAAGCACUGGAACAAUAGUUGCCAUAAGGAUCAAAACACAGGCAUGGGUAUUUAUAUAUGUAAUAAACAAUGAUAAAGGAAAAAAACUUUUUAUGAGGUAUGAAAUCAAGAAGGGUCAGUUGGUGGCUGCAUAAACACCAUACAUUUAAUCACAUUUAAAGCAUGCCUCCUCUCCAAAAGAAACCUGGAAAAUGUUGUUUACACCUCACAGAGACACAAUUAGCAAAGCCUUUUAAAAAUAGUUUCAUGGAUUGUGGAAAGGGAGAGGGAUUGUAUUAAGUGUGCAGUGGGUACACAGCCAAUGUGAUUGAUAUAACAUUUUCUAGUGGGACUUUAUGGGUGCUGUCAGGGGUUCAGAGAGAGAGGCACAGGGUAGGCAGGAGAUGGAGAGCGAGGGGGAGGAAUUCCAAGCCAGCGAGGAAGAGGACGACAAUGACUCAAGGGAUUCCAUGAGUCUUUCCAGCGAAUCAGAGGAUUCCCAGAAGGGGCGCCGGUGGUCAGGGCCAGGGAGCCCCAGGGGAAAUGUCAGGAGCAGGGUGCCAGCGGAGGAUCCCAAAGUGGCAGCUGGGCGUCAGGACCAGCCUCCCCACCAAAGUGCAGCGAAGGGGGUGGAGUUUCCAGUGUGUCAGAGGAAGCAGCUCCAGCAGCAGAGAAAGGAGGGGGGUCAGAGCAUGCAGCCCUCCCGGAAGGGAGGGGAGCAGUGAAGGGAGUAGUGUAACUGUCAAAAGGAAAGUUAGAGGUUUGGCGCGCGCGCCUAGUUCAACUGUAGCGGCGCGCGGAAGUGCAGGGAGCCCGGAGGAGGGGCCAGGUCCCAAAGCCCGCAGGAGGGGGGAAGAGCAGUCUGAUUCCGCGUCAGAGGAAUCCAGAAGGGGGCAAACCCCAGUGGGCAGAAAGACCCUGCGGAAAAGGAAGGAGAGAAAGAGGUGGAGCAGCGCAAGUCUCUUAAAUUGGUGCAGAGGAGGGACUGACUCAGAGGGAACUUCGGCGGUCUAGCGUAAGAGACGUAAGGCUGCACGCCUAAGAUGUCAAGCAAAGCAUGAACUGCAAUAAACACCUUUGUAUUCAAGAAGGCGUAGGCGUUGGUCUUUUGUGAGCUAAGACUUGAGGCAGCCUUGACAGGUGCGAUUUUCCUGAGCAUGAUAAACCACAAGGUAGCUCUGAAACAUAAACGUUGGAAUUUGCCAGCACAGGAUGUGGUGAUGGCUACUCUUUAGAGGGACACUGUGGGAAACAGGAUGGUGGACUAUAGAGGCCUUUGGCCUGAUCAGCAGGACUCUUCCUAUAUUCUGAAUGCUUCUUAGAGGACUUUUAUUUCUUUAGAAAUUGAUGUACAAAUCCAAAAUACACUACUAAAACCAAGUCUGGGCCAUAAGCAUGAGACCCUGUAAUUACUUGUGACAUGAUUAGGGGUGCAUCUGUCAUGGAAGCAGCUUGGUAAGUGAUUCAGAAAAUGGUCUGAAGAUGCCUGAGGUUGGAGCUCUUAGGGAGAGGGGAUAAAUGUACUCCAGGCCUUGGAUAGCUCUUUCCCAAAGCAAUCCUGUGCAGAAGGGUAAUAAUGCCCUUAAAAUAAAAUUUAAAAAUCUCCAAAACAUUUAUCAUAAUAAUGCAUAAAGCUAAAAGUAGAUUAAAACAGAAAAUAGCUCAAUCAAAGACUGCGCCUGGAAGAAAGCAUGGAAGGAACAUUCCAUGAGAGGAGAAAUUCCCCUUCCCGCCAUUAAUUCUGGGAGGACCACAGAGAAAGUCCUGUUACGUGUGGAUGACAGCCUAGUAUCUAGAAAGCUGAAGGAUAUAGCAGAGCUUUUUACCUAAAUUUCAGUUUUUUGAACCACAUUGAUUUUCUCCAGUAAUUUUUUUUGAUAUUUUAUUUACCUUUCAACAAAGUAAUAUUAUUUGUUUCAUUUUAUUUUCAGGUUAUGAAAUUUAUGGCAUGGAACAUCUCCCUAAAGGACCAGGGAUUGUUAUUUAUCAUCACUCAAUUGUUCUGGUCGGCUAUACCUUAUUUGUGACAAAAGUUUUUACAGAGAAAGGAAAACUGUGCCAUUCAGUAAUUGAUCAUGCCCUGUAUGGGAUCCCAGGUAAUUUAUUUAUAUUUAAAUUAUGUAUUUUUACAUUAAACACGUGUUAAAUCUGACAUAAAACAAUGCUCUAGUAUAUAAAACAGUGUAUCAGGCAAGCAGGAAAAAACCACAGAUAAAUAAAAUAGCAGCAGCAGGUGAAAAAGGAAGUUAGUGGAGGGGAAGGUUAUUUCUCACCAAGAUGAAAAAAUGGGGGGAAUCUGGAUAAUGUGUCAUUAGUUUCUCCACUACGUCUACAGGUUCUCAUAUAAUAAUUGCUGCUGCCUUUAAUGCCAGAAUAGAAAAAGGUGUAAAAAAACCUGGGUCCCCAACUUGAUGAUCCCCUCAAUCAAUCACUAAUAAAGAUGUAUAUGUCUUACUGGGAAGAACAAUGCAAAGAAUGGAAUCCUGUUUGGGAGCCUGUUCACUAGUAAACACCACUUGGGAUGGGGUGGGAGCUACAGCUAAGGAAAAGAGCAGAAGCCCACAUACAUGUCCAGGGCUUUCAUAGCAACCCCAACCCAUUAAACAAUUGUCAAUUAAGCUCUCCCAUGCACAGCUUUUAUGCCCCCAUGUGACACUGCAAGCAAACACAUGUGGCAUCCUUGCUGCACAGUGUUCAUGGUCCUCCACUGCCCCCCCCCCCAUCAUCAAACAGCAGCCACCCCAGGAAACAUACGUCAAUUUCAAAAAUAAAGCAAAAGAAGUGAGGUCAGAGCCCAAACAGGCCCAGUAGCACAGAGAGCUCUGUUGGGGGACAUUCCACUGGGUAAAUUAAUGGAGCAUCUAACCCCCUGUCUGGGUGAAAAGAUGGGCUUCUGCUGGUGGGGGCAGGUUUCCACCAGCAGGUUCCUCUCUGUUCUCUCUCUCUCUCUCUGUAUCUGUAUCUGUGUGAAUGUCCACUGUAUCCAAAACCCAUGCAGCCUAUAGGGAUUGAAGACUUGUAUUAUCCAGCAAGGCACUAUGGGCUGUAUUUUUAUCAUGAUGCAAACUAGAAUAUCAAUCUGUUGUACUACAGACUUAACUUGAGGAACACUUGCCCAAAAUGUGCUCACCUCAGCACACAAUCUCACUCUGUGUGCUUUCCCAAAAAAAGGCUAUUGCCAGAACAUGUGAGCAAAAGGGGAACUAGCAUAAAGUCCCCCUUCCAUGAAAUCCUAGCUGAUCCGUAAUAGAGCAAUAUCUUUGGAAUAAUGACACUUGUAUAGUAUCCACACUAUUUCCUCAAUAAGAGUUAUGUAAAAUGCAUUUUUCUGUUUGGGGCUUACUUUUUUAGGGCUGAAGACGUUUUAUGAUGUUGUCUUAUUGAGAGAUUUCACAAAUGCUGAAUGUGUGGAAAUUCUGAAGAAAGGCUAUUUACUGGGCAUUGCACCUGGUGGAGCUAGAGAAGCAAGCUUUAGUACUGACUACAGCUUAAUGUGGGGUAACCGCACAGGUUUUGCUCGAAUAGCUUUGGAGGCGAAAGUGGUGAGUGAUGUUUGGGCAAUUUGCAUUGCCCUCACAAUUAUCCUGGAUAUGACGUACUGUGUUGACAUCCUUGAUCUAGCAUCCUAAGUAGUUGAGGACGGCAAAUAUCCUGUUUGGGGGUCAAAUGAUAUCUGGAGUUCCAAGUAUUUCCCACCCCUGCUUUUUAAAAAAGCUACUGAAAUCAAUAACGUAUAAUAAGAAAAAUGGCCUUUGCCCCCUUUUUUUCUCUUCAGUUCCUGAAAAUCUGGGCAACAACUUGUGAAGUUUCUUCAUCUGAGAUAUUUGAAUAGAUAUUUUGAAGCCUGUUGCAUAAUUUAUGACUUGCUUCUCAUAAUAAACCCAGAUGUGAAGCAUUCUUCUUUGUCCUUAACAAAAAUAAAGGUGGGGUGGUCAGGACGAAGUAAUUAUCCAGUUCUCGCCUUUCUUUCAUUUUUGUUUCAUCUUUCAUUCUUCUAGCCCAUCAUCCCAAUAUUUACACAAAACAGUUGUGAAACAUACAGGAGCUUGGGAAAGACAAGUGAGUUAAAUAUCUUACGUUUCUUGGUUGAGCAAGAGAUCCAGUUUCAGGCAAUAUACGUUUUAAUAAUAGACUAUGCUUUUUAAAAAAACCAAUUAUCUGUUUCCUACUUACUAGCAGAGUUUAUUCCAUGGACACUUAUCUGUGCUGCCUGCCUCAGUAUUGAGUAAAUAUGCCUUUGUUUAGUUUUCUAUUAGAUUUAAAACAAAGCUAUAAUCUAUAAGAGCGGUAGGAAGCCCAACAUAGACAGGAACAGAUCAGGAAACAAACCAUAUUUUGCAGUCUAUUGUACAACUUGUGAUCCCAAUUGCCAAGAGAUGAGAAGAGCUGAUUGAAUAUGUUGCAUAUCUUUCCCCAAGUACUCAUAUUAUUUAACUCUUCCUCCUUGGGAUGGAUUGAUUGCAAUUGCUUAACAGAAUGCUAACUAAGGUCCGAUUUGAUAUGCGGUCACUUUCUUUUACAGGGCUGACAAAAUGGCUGUAUGAGAAAACUCGACGUGUACUCCUUCCCACUUACGGAGGACUUCCAGUGAAACUGAGGACAUAUGUUGGAGAACCCAUCCCAUAUGAUCCAAAUAUAACUGCCACAGAGCUGGCUGAAAAAGUAAGUGAACUCUGUACUUGGAAAUACAAAAACAUAAGAAAUUUUUCCUAAUGUUUUUCUCCUCUUACAGUUCUAAAUUGUAUCCUGCACACUGACUUCCUCAAUCUAUAAAGCCAGAGCUAGGCUUCAUUAUAUAUAUUUUUGUGCAUUAUGUUCAUCACUCAGCAUUCCCUUUCCUUAACUUAUUGAUUCUUAAACUUGUUGAGGCCGAGUUUCAAUAUGUGUGCAACCAUGCAUUGCACCAAACCCAGAAAUGACCCCAAAUGUCACAUUUUUGGAGUGGGUGCGGAAGGGGGAGUGUGGCAAUCGUACAGAGCCCCCGGUCGUUUCACGGACUAUUGACCUGUACACCACUGCUUUAUUCUUCUGCUGCCACCAACCAGGUAUCUUCUGGUGAAAUACUGAGUCUCAGUCAGGUUGUAAAGUCAACAACAAAGAUUAAAGUUUAUUGAAAAACAAACAAGUUUUAAAUAUAUUCAGAACUGUUUCUCAAAUGCGCACCCUUAACUAGAUGUGGCACCAUCUCACACUGUCACACUCUUCUCUCUCACUUCUAUCCGUGUUUUUCACUCCGUCCAACCACUGUGUUCUACUUUUUCUGCCUCUGUCUGACCCUCACUCCUUUAUCUCCCCAUGGUAACCCCCUGGCCUGAGCCUCAAAACCUGGUAGGCUCCGCCUCUGAGCUUUCACAUUAGUUAGUUUAUAUUAGCCAUUUCCAUCCCUCCUGUACAAACAUAAUCACAAGGAAUGGGCAAAUGCCACAGGGAGUUUGCAGGCUCUUUUAGUGGUGUUUCGAUUAUACAGUGGUACAUCUACCUAUGUGCCCCUCUUAUUACGUAUCCUUCGGGAUACACACAUGGCAAACCCGGAAGGAUAUUUCCUGGUUUUCGCACCGUGCGCAUGCACAGAAGCGCUCUAUCAUGUGUGCGCAGAACAGGCACCUCCGGUUGUGGAAACCCAACCAGAGCUCCGGAACGGAUCCCACCUGCAAACGGAGGUACCACUGUACAUGAUUUCACUUAAAUGUAUGGUUCCUCAGAAUGUAACCCCCAUGUAAAUGGGGAGUAGCCUGCACUAUAUCUCUCCUAUUUAAAUGUUUGUUAAUCUGCUCUAAGAAAGCAUCAUCCAAGUCUUCAGUCUGUCUAUAGCAGAAACCCACAGUAAGGGUUACUGUAGUUCUGUCUCCUACAAUUUUUACCCAUAUACUCUCAAUCUGCUUUCCAUGCUACAGAUCAUGAAUUUUUGCACAAGUUUACACAUCCAUUCAAUAUAAGCUCUUCCUGUUUAGUUCAUUCCUUUUGAAUAGGUUAUACCCCUAAAUUCCUACAUUCCAGUCAUGAGACUCAUCACACAAGGCUUCAUUAAUGCCUACCAGGUCAUAUUUGCCAUCUUGUAGUAAAAGCUCCAAUUCAUCUUGCUUGUUUCCCAUACUCUGUGCAUUUGUGUAGAGAUAAUUGAAGCCAUGAAUCAUUCCUUCCUGGUGCUUCCUUCUUAUAGUUUAUUGCCCUUUAGUGGGUUUCUGGAGCUCUACCUCCUGUGCAUCUAUAUAGUUAUGGCUUGUGCACCAUCAACCUCUUAAAUGAGAUGCAGUUUUACAGAAGACAUUUCAAACACAGAUGUCAUUUCUAGGGUACUCUAGGGUAUUAUAUUGUGUGACAAUAUCUUAGGUGUUCCUGCAGGGGGUGUCGCACUUCCCCCCUUUCUCAAGGAAGUCUUGGGAAGUGGACUUCCAAAGGAAGGGGGUUAAGGGUAGGAGCAUGUGGGGGUCUGAUGGCUAAAGGGAAGGAGUUUUGGAACAUGGUUUUUUUAUGGCUGGUUCUCCCCAAGCGCUUUAUGCUUUCAUUCUUGCUGAACCCCCUCCCUCCCCACAUCUAGUUUCAGCUUUUGGUUGCCUGUUUGAAGGAGCAGUAGUUUACUUUGGUGGGUGUGCAGGGGUUGAUCCUUUGGUUAUCCUGUGGUUCCCUUCUUUAUUUCACAUUGUUAAGAUGCAUUACAUUGUCAUUGGACAGUGGUGUGGUUUGUUUGCUCCUACCACAUUGAGUCUGUACAGGUGAGAAAGUUGUGGAGAGAAAGAUUAGCUUUACUGAGGCAUUAUUGUGUUAAGGGUGCCCUUUAGGGACCUGCCAAGACAGUAUGCCUGGUAGGACUUGCAUAGGUCCUCUUAGGCCUGGUACAUGCAUUUUGGCUGAACACUGCAGGGCAGGGUCUGGGUGAGCAUUCUGGGUUUCAUACUCAAGGUUCAAUAUGCAAGGAGACAGUAUUUUCCUCCCUAUCCUUUGCUGGGGAGCCAGUUGCAUAUGCCUUAGGAUCUGGAGAGAUGGUUUCCUACCACAAUUAGCUAAAAAUCCUUAUCUGCCCUUACUUCUGAUCCCAGAAAGAAAUUACAUAUUGUGCUUCUGUAGCUGGAAAAAAUGGGAUUUUUUUUUAAUGCUACUGGUUCUGACUCCUUUAGCUUUUUCCUGUUCCUUUAGCUAUAACAUAAUGUAUUCCUUUGUUUUUGUUUUUUCAACAGACCAAGACUGCACUUGAAAAUCUUCGGGAUAGACACCAAAAAAUUCCAGGAAAUAUGUUAAGAGCUCUUUCAGAACGAUUUGAUAAGCAUGACAAAGCUAACUAGUCCAUAUAAAACAGUUGUAGCAUUUUGACUAUGUGUCCACAAUAGAAAACUAAUAAUUA